AUGGCGGACCAGAAGUACCAUGUGCAGGUGGAGAUUGAGGCCAGGAGGAAGAAAACUGGAACUGCGGAGAAGAAGCGGGAGAGGUGCAAAUAUGGAGCUGCUUGUUUCCGGAAGAAUCCAGACCAUCUUCAACAGUUCUCCCAUCCACAAGAUCCGGACUGGGACGACCUCGGCGGCACCCCCGUCCCAGACCCGCCCACGACCAACGAGGUGUGCUCCCCGCGGCAAUCCACGUCCUCGUCCACGACGUCUGUGCCGGGCGCGGCCGCGUCAUCGCUCAAAGUGGAGACCUACAUCCUCGACUUCUCGCUGAUGACCCAGGCCGCCACGUCGAAGAAGAACGCCCUGCGCAACAUCAACCGCAAGGCGAGGCCCCGUCCCGCCAAGUCGAAGAAGAACGCCGCCGGCCCUCAAGAGGCCUCGCCCCCGCCCGGCGCUCGCCUCCGCCCCCCCCCGGCCGCGGCGGCGAUGUCCCCCGCCGCGGCGGCCGCCGCCCGCGCGGCCGCUCGCGCGCGCGCCGCCCGCGCCGCGGUGGGCCGCCGCGCGGCGGCGAGCUGCGGCGCGGGGGGCCGCCCCUGGCGCGGCGCGGCGGCCUCCGCCGAGCCCCGGGCGGGCAGGGGCAUCUCGAUGUCGGUGCCCACGCUGCUGGUGCAGAGGCCCCGCGUGGAGCCCAUGCUGCUGGUGCUGGACCUCGACGAGACGCUCGUCCGGGUAAGCUGCGAGGGAGUACACUGCCAUAAGCGAAAGCUGGACAGCGUCGACUUCAGCGUCGACGUGCAGCUUGGUGUCAGCCACAAGUGCCACGUGUCUGUUCGCCCAGGCGUCGAUGACUUCUUAGCGUGGAUCCAGGAGCGACGGAGGCAGGGCGUCAUCGACACGCCGUGGAUCUUCACCACUGCCUCUGCGCAGUACACUAAAGCCAUACUGCGCCACUUGGACCCAGGCGGCCGUGUUUUCGGAUUGAACGUCCUGACGCAGCCGGCGUGCACGGCACCCCGGCUGCCCGGCUUCUUCCUCAAGGACCUCGCGCACGUGCCUCCCAGGCACAACGACGCGGACCUGAGGCGAAAAGUGCUGGUCGACAACAACCCCGUGUCCUGCGUCCUCAACCCAGAGAACACGGUACUCGUCCGAGACUGGCUCGGCAAGGACGAGCCGGACGAGGAGCUGGCCCGCGUGUCCUCCCUGCUGGACGCGGUCAUCGUGGAGGGCACGGGCGGCGGGCCGCGUGCGAACUACGCGGCGGCGCUCUCUCGGCUGGUGCCCGGGCACGCCGGCUACCGGGAGCGCCUGAGGGCGCUCGGCGAGGGCCUCGAUGCUGAGCCCGCUCGCGACGGCGGCGUUCCGGCGCUGCGCGCGGCGAUGAGGGCGAUCUCGGCGGAGUGCGACAGCAUCAAGAGGGACCUGCUCGGGGCAGCCCCCUGA